GGUAUAAAAGGCUGGGGGGCAGGCGGAAGCCGGUCUACUCAGCGCAGCAGCAGCCCUUCUUUCUCCACAGCGGUCAGCUACGACCCCCGACUCCCCAGCAACCAUGUCGAAGGGACCCGCAGUUGGCAUUGAUCUUGGCACCACUUAUUCCUGUGUGGGAGUCUUCCAGCAUGGGAAAGUGGAGAUCAUCGCUAAUGACCAAGGAAACAGGACCACCCCCAGCUACGUCGCCUUCACCGACACAGAACGAUUAAUCGGUGAUGCUGCAAAGAAUCAAGUUGCAAUGAACCCCACCAACACAGUUUUUGAUGCCAAACGUCUGAUUGGUCGAAGAUUUGAUGAUGCAGUUGUACAGUCAGACAUGAAGCAUUGGCCUUUUACGGUGGUGAAUGACGCAGGCAGGCCUAAGGUCCAAGUGGAGUACAAAGGGGAGACCAAAAGUUUCUAUCCUGAAGAAGUAUCUUCUAUGGUCUUAACCAAAAUGAAAGAAAUUGCUGAAGCUUACCUUGGGAAGACUGUCACAAAUGCUGUGGUCACAGUACCAGCCUAUUUCAACGAUUCCCAACGUCAGGCCACAAAAGAUGCUGGAACCAUCGCUGGUCUUAAUGUGCUCCGAAUCAUCAAUGAGCCAACUGCUGCUGCUAUUGCUUAUGGCUUGGACAAAAAGGUUGGUGCCGAAAGAAAUGUGUUGAUCUUUGACCUUGGAGGUGGUACUUUUGAUGUUUCCAUCCUUACCAUUGAAGAUGGCAUUUUUGAAGUCAAGUCCACAGCUGGGGAUACCCACUUGGGUGGGGAGGACUUUGACAACCGCAUGGUCAACCAUUUCAUUGCUGAGUUCAAGCGAAAGCACAAGAAGGACAUCAGUGAGAACAAGAGGGCCGUUCGCCGUCUGCGCACCGCUUGUGAACGUGCAAAGCGUACCCUCUCUUCCAGCACCCAGGCCAGUAUUGAAAUUGACUCCCUCUAUGAAGGUAUCGACUUCUAUACAUCAAUCACUCGAGCCCGGUUCGAAGAGCUGAACGCUGAUCUCUUCCGUGGCACACUGGAUCCUGUGGAGAAGGCCUUAAGAGAUGCCAAGCUAGAUAAAUCUCAAAUUCAUGACAUCGUCCUGGUGGGUGGUUCCACUCGCAUCCCCAAAAUCCAGAAGCUUCUGCAAGACUUCUUCAAUGGCAAGGAACUCAACAAGAGCAUCAACCCUGAUGAGGCUGUUGCUUAUGGUGCAGCUGUCCAGGCUGCCAUUUUGUCUGGAGACAAAUCUGAAAAUGUUCAGGACUUGCUGCUGUUGGAUGUCACUCCUCUUUCACUUGGAAUUGAAACUGCUGGAGGAGUUAUGACUGUUCUGAUCAAACGUAAUACCACCAUCCCCACCAAGCAGACACAGACCUUUACCACCUAUUCUGACAACCAGCCUGGUGUGCUUAUUCAGGUUUAUGAAGGUGAGAGAGCAAUGACAAAGGAUAACAACCUGCUUGGCAAGUUUGAGCUCACAGGAAUCCCCCCAGCACCCAGAGGUGUUCCUCAGAUUGAAGUAACAUUUGACAUCGAUGCAAAUGGCAUCCUAAAUGUUUCUGCUGUGGAUAAGAGCACAGGCAAGGAGAAUAAGAUCACCAUCACAAAUGACAAAGGUCGUCUGAGCAAAGAAGACAUUGAACGUAUGGUCCAGGAGGCUGAGAAAUACAAGGCUGAGGAUGAGAAGCAGAGAGACAAGGUUUCUUCCAAGAAUUCUCUUGAAUCUUAUGCCUUCAACAUGAAGGCUACUGUGGAAGAUGAAAAGCUGCAGGGCAAAAUUGGUGAUGAAGAUAAACAAAAGAUUCUUGACAAAUGUAAUGAAAUAAUCAACUGGCUGGAUAAGAACCAGACUGCUGAAAAGGAAGAAUUUGAGCAUCAGCAGAAAGAAUUGGAGAAGGUCUGCAACCCCAUCAUCACUAAGCUGUACCAGAGUGCAGGGGGUAUGCCAGGAGGCAUGCCUGGUGGGUUUCCAGGGGGUGGAGCAGCCCCAUCUGGAGGGGCUUCUUCUGGACCCACCAUUGAAGAGGUUGACUAAGUGCACCAGAAGAAAGAGCAUUCCACACAGCUUUCCAAAAAUUGAAGGACUCAAAUUUGUAGCCAAGGCAGUAGCAGUCUAAAAAGUAACAUUUAAGCUACUGUGUAUGUAAAUCUGGGCAUUCUGAAUACUUGAAUGUGUGCAGAGGGAGAAGUUAAAACAACAUUGCACUUUAUCAGUACUGUAAUAAACAAGUGGAAAUGCAAUUCUUGUCCUGGAGAAUAAAAUCUAUUUAAUUGGCACCAUA